AUGUUUGAAGCAGUUUUCCGUUUGUGUAUAUUUCUGCCUUACAUCUCUGGACUGAUUCUGCCGUUAACGACAUCCGACGGUACUGUCAACCUCACCAGUAUCUUGAGUCACAUCACUCUCCUCGAACAGACUGUGGACACUCUUCACAAAGAAACACAUCAGCUGCAGAUAGAUCAUCGGGCAACGAACGAAAGACUCCAGCUCACACAGGCUGAUCUGAAUAUUACAAGACAGGAACUACAGACGUCUCGAACAGACCUGCAGGUGACUCGAACAGAUCUGCAGGUGACUCGAACAGGUCUGCAGGUAACUCGAACAGAUUUGAAUAUUACAAGACAGGAACUACAGACGUCUCGCACAGAAAUCCAGGCAACAAAGGUCGACCUUCAACUUACGCAGACCGAUCUUCAAACUACAAAGAAAGACCUUCAGACCGCCCAGACAGACCUCAUGACAAAGGGUUUACAACUGAAACAUUUGAAUUCAGUGUCCGAAACCAGCGCCGUGGCUUUCCAGGUUUUUGUGUCAAGUUCCUACAACGUAACGUCACUACACCCCGUUGUAUAUGACAGCAUCAUCUACGACACUGGAUCUGGCUACAACACCACAACGGGGAUGUUCACAGCACCAGUGAAUGGGACCUACAUGUUCUGGAUACAGUUGAGUAUUCGUCCCCUAAGGUACACUCCAUCCACUUCGAUCAAACAAUCGGGAAAGACAAUCGGCAGUGGUUGGGCUGCAUUGUCUUCUUCUGGUGAGGGCGCCGUUUCCGCUACAUGUGUCAGUCAUCUGCAGAAGGACGAGGAGGUGUGGGUGCAGUUUGAACAGUUCCGUGGAGAUAUUCCACUAACAGUCACCGUUCUUUCAGGCAGCUAUGUAGGAGAUCCGAUAUCCUACUUUGGUGGUGUCCUUUUGACAAUGGACUAAUUUCAUUACAGGACAUCUUCUUCAACA